GGGAAAUACAAUGGAUAAAACAAAUCGGAAAUUGCGUGCGUAUAAAUUUUGUGUAUGAUCAAAUGUCUAAACAAAUAAAGUGCCGAACCCGAAAAUGCGUUGUCUGAACAUCCUAGAAAAGCUGCCGCAAUUCCGUGAUUUUUAUUUCCAGCGAAGGGUAUUUUGUAAAUCUCAUCUGUAUAAGGUAACCAGAGGCGGAGUGAAUCCGUCUGACUCGUUGCGCCGAUCGGUCGCCAUCGUCUUUACGGUGUCUCUGAUCGGAAUAUCAUCUUAGCUCCGAAUUUUCCACUUCACAAUCUCUUUUAUCUGCCUCUGUUAAAGCCCUCCAAAACCCCACAUAUCCUUAUCUGAAGCAUAAUUGCUUCUGCGUAUCCUCAGCUUUUCCAUCCCUCCAACAUAAAGUGCAUCGCCACCGUUGCAGAGCCGUGAAGAAAGCUCCGAAACAGCAUCUGGGUUUAUUUUGUUUAUUUGUUUAUUUUCUUUUUUGAUCACCUUUUUGCGCGGAAAAUUGUUUUGUUUGUUGUUUGUCCUGUUCUCAAGCUAGACAUUGGGCGAUGGAUGUUCCAGAAGCUCGAAGAAAGAAAGUUCAGUUACGUCUUCUCAUUUUCAAGUUUUUUCUGCAUCCGGUUUUGUUUUAAAUUGCCGGGCUGUUUGUAGUUGGGGGAAGGGUGUUAGCUGAUUUCGAGAAAUGGGUACGAGGGCGUUGCCGACUGAGGAGGUUGUGGAAGAGAUCAUGAAGCUUCAUCGAUCUCUUCCUGCGCGGCCAGGAAUUGAUGAGGUGGAGGCGGCUAAGUCGUUGAUUGCAAACAUGGAGAGGGAGGAUCAGAUGAGACUCGAUGCCAUUGUGAGGCAGAGGAAAGGAAUUGGUGUUCCUGAAGAGCUGUUCAAGGUGUUGCAGGAGAUGCAGAGGUGUAUGGUUCACUUUCAGAGCAAAGAGCAGAGGAGAGAGGCGUUGAAGUUGUUGGACCUGGAGAAUGCCCACAAGCUAUUCGACGAUUUGGUUCUUAGGGCUUCGAAAUGUCUACCCUCCAGUGCUCAGCCAUAUUCUUCCUCAAGUUCUUCCUUGGAUUCCAACAUCCCGUCUUUAACAAACUCUGCAUCCAUGUCCGGCAGCAGUCUCAGCUCCCCCCGGACCAGUGCCAUCACCACUUUUUACAAUGAAAGAGCCCCAAUGAAAGCUUCUGACUUGUUUAGCAAAGACGACAGUUAUUUGACCAAGGGAAAAACCACCAUCCGUGCUGAUGGUCUUUUACACUUAGAUACCCCCUCGGUACCCAAGAUUGUAGAUCCGACUUUGACUCCUAUUAGUCCAAGCCAAGGUGGCGAAAAGCUAAGCUUGAUAAAGCUGGCAAGUUUGAUCGAAGUGUUGGCGAAGAAGGGAUCCCUACAUCUUAAUCUUCAUAGCAAGUUGUCUGACCAUGUCGAAUGGCUUCCUGAUUCUAUUGGGAAGCUAUCAAGCUUGAUCUCAUUGGAUUUGUCUGAAAAUAGGUUAACUGCUUUACCAACUUCCAUAGGGGGCCUUGGAUCCUUACAGAAGCUAAGUUUGCGUGGAAACAGAAUCACAGAAUUGCCAGAUUCCAUCGGAGAUUUGCAUAAGUUGAUCUCUCUUGACCUUGGAGGAAACCAUUUGAAAUCAUUGCCUGCUUCCAUUGCUAGAUUAAUCCACCUUCAUGAACUUGAUUUGAGUUCAAACAUGAUCUCUUCACUCACAGAGGGAAUUUGUUCUCUGGAAAGUCUCAAAAGAUUGAUCGUGGAAACAAAUGAUCUUGAGGAGCUUCCUCACACAAUUGGUCAUUGCUCCUCUCUUGUAGAGCUUCGUGUUGAUUAUAACAGGCUUAAAGCACUACCUGAAGCUGUGGGACGGAUUACAACAUUGGAGAUCCUAUCUGUGCGGUACAACAAUGUGAGACAGUUACCUACCACUAUGGCAUCAUUGGAAAAUUUGAAAGAGCUCAAUGUUAGUUUCAAUGAGCUUGAAUAUGUGCCCGAGAGCCUUUGCUUUGCCACCACGCUAAUAAAACUGAACAUUAGCAGCAAUUUUGCAGACCUCCAAUAUCUUCCCAGAUCCAUUGGUAACCUCGAGAUGCUUGAAGAAUUGGACAUGAGUAAUAAUCAGAUCAGAGCUCUACCCGAUUCAUUUAGAAUGUUGUCCAAGUUGAGUGUUCUAAAGACUGAAGGAAACCCUCUGGAAGUCCCACCCUCAGACGUAGUUGCAAAGGGAGCAAAGGCUGUAGUCCAGUACAUGGCAGAGCUUUAUGCAAAGAGGGACAUAAAGAUUCAACCAGUGAAGCAGAAGAACAAAUCUUGGGCUAAGAGGUUCUUCGGUUCAUCAUCCAACAAUCAGAAACACGGGCGAGUUGAAUAUGUCACUACUUAGUUGAGAGUUGUCGGAAAGUUUGUAAGCUCAAUAGCUAAUGCUUCAAGGUACCAUAUUUUGGGAUCUAAGGCAAUUCCCAACCUGCUUAUGUUUCCCAUGUUACAGAAAAUACUAGGUAUGGUUGGGCAUUGAGAGAGAUGACAUGUUGGUUGAGUUCCAACAUCCAAUUUCUUCCAACUAUUCUGUUGAGGAACCACACCUUCUUGAAGGCUUCUUCCCACUGUAUCAUUUUGUCUUUCCCUUUUUCUCCUUGUAUUAUGUAUUUCUUAGUUUUAUUUGAUAUAUAUUUAGAGGCAAAGUACAAUUGAGCAGAAUUUUCGGCCGUGCAUGAGGGGAUCUUCACAGGAGUUUGCUCUCCUCCCACUGAAUGUAAUUGUAUGUUUCGCAUCAUCAUCAUCAUUAAUUAAUAUAGGUUGAUUACAUUGAUCAUAUUUGUUCUUAGAACAAUCUCACAUUCAAUUUGUUAUUUCUACAUCUCUUCUCCCAUUAAGUUUGGGGCAUUGAGUUUUUCACGAAUAUUAUGGCCAUGCAAAAUAGUGCGAG